AUGUCAGAAAUCAGAUCCGUUGCUAUAAUCGGAGGCGGCGCAUCAGGGACUGCAGCCGCCGCGGCGCUAAAAGCUGAAGAGUACUUCCAGAAGAUUAGAGUUUUUGAGAGGAGGGAGGCCCCCGGUGGAACAUGGUUAUACGAUGAAGUCCCUUCCACGCCGCCACCUAUCCAGCCUGGAGCUCUGCCUCCGAAGGUCAAUCCCCGACUCGAAAUACCCGGCAAACUGCCCCAGGCGGUUCCACAUAACACGCAAGAGCGUUUCCACAGUACUCCGAUUCAUGAGUCCCUGAUAACAACCGUCCCAGAGAUUGCUAUGUCGUUCUCGGACAAGAGGUUUCCCGAGGGUCCUUUCGUGCCCCACGAUAUCCCCCGCAUGUACCUUCAAGACUGCUACUUACUUCACAAGAUGGAAGACUUUCUGGUGCUCAACACCACUGUCGAAGAUCUCAGCAAGAUAGCAACAGGAGAUGGACGAGACCGUUGGAGGUUGACACUACGCAUGCAUCAUAUGGAGCAGGACGUUGAUGAGUGGUGGCAGGAAGUCUUUGAUGCUGUCAUUAUUGCCAAUGGCCAAUUCUCUGUUCCAUAUGUCCCAGAGGUCAAAGGACUAAGCGAAUACAUCGCGAAGUAUCCAGGCCGUGUCAUGCACUCCAAGUACUAUCGCCAGCCCCAUCCUUUCAAGGACAAGAAGAUACUCAUCGUUGGUAAUGCUCUAUCUGGACGAGAUAUAGCUGACGAACUCCUCAAAGAUGCUCGACUACCAGUAUAUGUCUCAAGACGACAUAAGUCCAUCUGGGAGGGACCCGAGCCUAAACCAGGGAUGGAAUGGAGACCUGUCAUCAAAGAAUAUAUAGCUAUAACAGGUCAUAUCAUAUUCGAAGACGAUUCGUCACUCGAAGAUGUUGAUCAGGUUAUCUACUGCACUGGUUAUAAGCCCUCGUUUACGUUCUGGAAUAUUGAGGCUAACGGAGGACAUCUGUAUGACUACGACAAAGCUAGGCUCAACGGCAGUUUCUUGCAUACUUUCUUUCGAGACCAUCCUACACUUGGUAUCAUAGGCUUUGGACAAACACUUGCGUUUCGCAGCUACGAGUACCAGGCCAUUGCGCUGGCAAGGGUGUUUUCUGAUAGGAAUGCAACACCACUUCCAAUAGCUACAGAACAAGUAGAUUGGGAACGAUCAUGGGCAGAACAUGCCAAAAAUGAAGGGAAUGGCUUUCACACCGUCAUUUUUGAGAAUGGCGAUCUACUUAGAUGGUAUAAUGAGCUAUCGAACAUCGCCGGGCUGCCCAUUUUUGGAAAGGGGAGAGUUCCCCCUGCAUUCACGGACGAGACCAUGCGGCAGUUGGAAGAUAUCUUACGUCCUGUAAAACAUCUUUAUUAA